UUGGAAGUCGCUGGUGCUCUGGUAGUUGGAGUCUGUUCUCGGGCCGGAGCCUCGAGGCCAGGCGCCUGGGUGUCGUUAAUGUUCGGGGCCGCCGGGCGCCAACCGAUCGGAGCUCCAGCCGCCGGGAACAGCUGGCAUUUCAGUCGAACCAUGGAAGAACUGGUUCAUGAUCUUGUCUCCGCAUUGGAGGAGAGCUCAGAGCAAGCUCGAGGUGGAUUUGCUGAAACUGGUGAUCAUUCUCGAAGCAUGUCUUGUCCUCUGAAACGCCAGGCAAGGAAACGGAGAGGGAGAAAACGAAGGUCGUAUAAUGUUCAUCACCCGUGGGAGCCUGGCCACUGCUUAAGUGAAGGCACUGAUUCUAGUUUAGAAGAACCAAGCAAGGACUACAGAGAGAAUCACAAUAAUAAUAAAAAAGAUCAUAGUGACUCUGAUGACCAAAUGUUAGUGGCUAAGCGCAGGCCAUCAUCAAACUUAAACAAUAACGUACGGGGGAAAAGACCUCUAUGGCACGAAUCGGAUUUUACUGUGGACAACCUUGGGAACAGAACUCUGCGCAGAAGGAGAAAGGUAAAACGCAUGGCAGUGGACCUCCCACAGGACAUCUCUAACAAACGGACCAUGGCCCAGCCCCUUGAAGGUUGUAGAGAUCAGGACAUGGACAAUGACAGAGCUUACCAAUAUCAAGAGUUUACCAAGAACAAAGUCAAAAAAAGGAAAUUGAAAAUAAUUAGACAAGGGCCAAAAAUCCAAGAUGAAGGAGUAGUUUUAGAAAGUGAGGAAAUAAGCCAGACCAAUAAGGACAAAAUGGACUAUGAAGAGCAAAAAGUUUCAGAUGAACUCAUGAGUGAAAGUGAUUCCAGCAGUCUCAGCAGCACUGAUGCUGGCUUAUUUACCAAUGAUGAGGGAAGACAAGGUGAUGAUGAGCAGAGUGACUGGUUUUAUGAGAAGGAAUCAGGUGGAGCGUGCGGCAUCACUGGAAUUGUGCCCUGGUGGGACAAGGAGGACCCUACCGAGCUAGACAAAAAUUUACCAGAUCCUGUCUUUGAAAGUAUCUUAACUGGUUCUUUCCCUCUUAUGUCACAUCCGGGAAGAAGAGGUUUCCAAGCUAGACUCAGUCGCCUUCAUGGAAUGCCUUCCAAGAACUUUAAAAAAUCAGGAGGGACCACAACUUCAAUGGCUACAAACUGGACCAGUGAGAUUCCCCUAUAAACCAAAUCUUCUAAUGCUAAUAAAUUAGUUACGUUUUGAACAUCUGGGGAAUGACAUUCGAGGGAACCUGGCUCCUGUCCUCUUCCCCUGGAGGAAUAUCACUGAAGUGAGAGCCUCUUUGAUGAAAAGAUGGGGCUGUUUUUGCUGUGGAGGACUGGUAUUCUUCCUUUAGUCAGAAGUGAACCUGGUUGGGGAGGCUUUUUAGGGAUCUAGGUUGGCCCAGGGUGGGUAGAACUACUGUAAAUUUUAUAUAUUUUUCUCUUUUAUGAUUUUUUUUUACAUUGAACCCAUUUAUGUAUUACUUGCUUUGCCAAAAUACUAACAAAACCUAAAAAAUGGAAAACUUCCAGAUCUCACACAAGUAUUCCUUAAUGUUUAUAUUGUGACUGGUUAAGAACUAAUUUUUACAUCUCUGACUGUUGUAAAUAAACAUGAUGCAUUGACAUUUAUGGCUCAUUUUUAGAGAAGUCUUAUAUAACCAGCAUUAUUUAAAAUAUUUGCAUUUUACUCAGGGUAUUUUAACAAGGGCUAAGAUGAGUAGUAGGUAAGGUUGAUAAUCUUUACUAGAAUUUCUGUUUUGUUCAGUUUGCUUUCUACUUGGAAAAUCUGCUCUGUAUUGCAAACCCAUUGUAUUUUAUAGUAUAGUGUUCAUUGUACUACAAAAAAAAAUCAUCCUAGUUUUAAGCUAACUACAGUGAUAACUAGUCUGUGCUAGUAGAAUAAUUUAUUAUUACUUUUUAAAUUACCUGCUCUGUCUGAUACCUGCAACCACUCAAAAUCAUCAUUUUGGCUUAGAGCUUCUGGAAAUCAUGUGAAAGCUGGUAUUUCAAAUAAUACUGUAUGCCUCUGAAUCAUAUUGUCAUGUUUAAAAGUGAGAGCUGCUUGCACACCCUUGGCAGACCAUAUGUGUCACUGUGAGUGUCAGAAAUACUUGCAUGAGCUCAUUUUCACAAGCAGAGGGGAAAAUGUAACAUUUCUAUUGAUGGUACAAUUUAGACAUUCUACAACAUUCAGGCCAUUUGAAUUCUUCAAAAUGGCAUGUUAAAAUGUUGAGUAUUUUUUAUUACGUUCCAAUAAUUGAUGAAAACUGUGAUUUAAUACAUGUAUUUUUAUAUUGUUGUAUGGAUUAAUUGUUAAUUCAGCAUUUAAUGGCUAACUUAAAUAUGGUGAUUGGGAAAGAAACUUAAAGUUGACAUUUCUUUUACCUAAAGGUAUUACAGUCUGAAAGAUUUCAGAAAAUGUAUUAAGCAGAAAGCGUGUGACAUCUUUUAGAUUGCUUGUCUAAACUAGAGAGAUUAAAUAUGAUAAAGUGCAACUUCGAGUAUCUUUACCUUUGCAUAUUUAAAGUGAUAUUUUAGAGGUACAAUAAUGUGGUGUUUGGUCAUUGUAAGUAAGCUUUUUUUGUGCUAUGUCCUUUAGAGUAAAAAUUCGUGAUUUUUUUUCUGAAUUACAUAAAUGCUUUUAUUUUAUUUUGUAUAAUGACUGCCUUUUAGACCUGAAUAAGUCACUUUAAAACCUUGGCCUAUGAACUUUGCCUUACCAAUCAUGAAUCUAGAUGAAUGCUAUCUAGUUCUUGGUUCAGUUUUACCUAUUUUUAUUUUUGGUUCACUGCUUGCUUGAGCAUAGCUGGGAUUUGUAGCCCAUUUUCUAGGCUUAUUGCAAUCUCACUGUGGUAUUUUAUAGAAGCUAUUACAUCUGAUAGGCUAGCUUCAUGGUAUUGAUGAUACAUGGCUUAACCAUAGUAAAAGCUGCCUUCCCUCUCUAAAUUGUAAAAAGGUGAUUAAGUUUCACUUGAUGGAGAAAUACUAUAUAUGUGUGUUUAUCAUGGAACAAGUGCAUUAGGCCAUAAACUGUUUUCCUGGUCUACAUUUUUUUGUAUUCAAAUUUUACUGAAGACAAUGGGCUCCUUCAGGUUUUCUUUCUUUCAAUCCUGAAUUGUCCUUGUUUGGAUUUUUAAGUACUGUAAUCUUUUUUUUUUCAAUAAAAUAUCUGACUUGGACAAGAAAGGUAAGAGUUCCAAUUUGUGCUGGUAUUUUUAAAUUCUUCUGCUAAGUUUUGUUGUUGUUGUUGUUCUCAUGCUGUCCAUAUUGUAUGUAACAGUCUAGUCUUAAAAAUCAUAAUCUCACAAAAUAGUCAUAUUUAAACAGUACCCAUGACAUCCAGAAAUAAGAAUUAAAUUUAAUUCCUCAGACUUUCACACUGGAAAGCCAGAUUGCUUUGAAGAGAGAUUAAUUUUCUGAGCAAAGGCAGACACAUGUAGCUACACCCAUGAAACAGAAUGGCAGCGAGAGGUUUCUUUCUCUUAUGCAGAUGAGUGGUGACUGCACAGCUAGUCAUGACCUCUGACAGAAAUGACUGAAGAGUCUUUCACUGAAAUAUUAAUGGGAACAUUCUUGGGGGAAAAGUUUUCAAUUGGAUUGUUCAUUAUUCACCAUAGUUAUGUUCUCUAAAGUCGCCCUGAACACUAAUUAGCAAAUACUGAACCAUUGCUCCUAAGGGAAAUACCAGGUUAGGUUCCUGUGAGCCUCCGGUCAUGACAUUUUUAUCAGUCGAUCAAUACAUAACCUUGUUUUACGUAUCUUUGUGUCUAGAAACACCUUACUUAAUAUAUAUAGUUGAUUCAUUAACAUUGAACUCAUGACCAACAGCACUAUAACCCAUGCCUGAACAAGCUGAUCUAAUGCGUGUAUUUCUCCUCAAGGCACGUCAUGGCCUUCUUAUGCUUAGGAACCCAUGUCAGCACUUCAGCCCUGUGCUUGGGGUUCAUUUAAAACAAUGAAUUGCAAAAAACACAAAAUUGAAAAAUGGGGCACCAAAUAAACCACAAAAACAACACUUGUGUACAGAGUUAGAGCUGAAACAGGAAUGGGUACUGUUGUCUUUUUUUACCUCAGUGGGGAAUGCACACAUGCACCAGGGGACAAAUUUUUCAGUGCUCCUGAAUGACCCUAGAAGUGCUACAAGAACUGACUUGAGAGUGGGGCGUCUGGCUGGCUCAGUCGGUGGAGCGUGCGACUCUUAAUCUUGGGGGUGUAAGUUCGAGCCCCACGUUGGGUAGAGAGAUGACUUAAAAAUAAAAUUUUAAAAAAGAGAAUUGAUUUGGGGCUACAGAUAUAUGUUAGUGAGUAGGCAAAUUUGUACAUGUAGAACUCUCAAAUGGUAAUGAGGAUUGACUCUAUUUAGUUUUGUCAAGGACAAAGUGGUAUUACAGAAAAGUUAGAGGUUUUGGAGUCUGAACUUGGUGAAUCCCCACUCUGGUUCUUCUUUUUACUUUUAAAGACAAAUUGAACCUCAUCUUCUCUUUCUGUUAAAUAGAGACAAUAUUUAAUUUGCGGAAGUGUUGUCAGGAUUAAAUGAGGUUAUUUGUACAUCAUAGGUCCAGAACAAUUUCGUCGCAUAAUAUAUAUUUAAUAAAUGAUAGUUACUGUUGUUAUUAUUAGGUAUACUAAAUACAGAAUCUCAUGAUUUAGAGGACAUUUGUAUUAUGGGUCAAAAUGCAAAAUAUUUUAAACUUUUCAUACUUUAUAUAUGAUAUGCCUUUAUAUUUAAUAUUUAAAGUACUUUAUAUUGCAACCUUUGAGCCAGCCUUUGUCUUUAAUAGUCUGUGAAGAAUAAUUUCAGGUGAAUUUUAGAUCAACAGCCACUGCAUUAAAUCUCAAACCCUAAUUGCAGAUUAAAAAACUGUUCUAAAUAACUCUCCCUAACUAAGUUUCAAUCAUUAGGCCAUUCAUUUGCAGAAAGACUUAUACUGUUUAGGAGGUUUUGGACCAGAGUUACAUGAUUUUUAAAAAUAAUUUGCCCAUAUACAUGACGGGCGAAUGUAGUAACAGUUUUGAGAAUUUAAUGUUGAAAGAAAUAACUAUUGCUGUACUUCUGUUAGAUUAAAGCACUGAUUUAUUGGAGCCCUGCUAACAAGCCUCUAAUAUUUACCUCUUUUAGGAGAAUUAAGCAAAUGAAAAUUAAUUCUGAGGAAUAUUCUGAGACCAUUAUCCAGAAGAUGCAGGGUGAAUCUCCUGUAUUUCCAGAAUUUUUUCAUCAAGUACAAUUCAGAGUGAAUAAUCCUCAGAAUAAUGAUCCAUCAGAGAUAUAUAUUUUGGGAUAUAGCAUUAAUAAAGUGAAUUCAAUUACCCUGACUUAGGCAUAGCAUUUCAGUUAGCCAAGGUAUCCUACCCCUGAGCAUCUUAAUUAAUCAUUGUUCUCUAUAGACAAGAGAUUUUUGAAAAAAAAAGUUUUUAAACUGAUGGUCUUAGAACAGGUGUUACAUUUUUUUUUUUUUUUUUACAUUUUUCUAAGUUAGCAUUCAAAUUGAGUGGUUAUUGAAAGAUCAGGAAAUAAAUGACUCCAUUUAAAAUAUAGUACCUAAAAUCCAAUAUUAAUAUUACAUAAGGAAUUGUACCUAAAGGUUGUAAGGUUCUGUUUAAAAAUCUUAUCAUCAUUUCAGUCCAGCUUUUUGUAUAGAUGAAAUGAGAACAAGUAUAGUGGUGAUGGUGGUGGUUAUUCUGUCAAAGAAAAUGAAUCUGAUUUAAGGGACUAUUUAUUUACAUGUGUUUCUCAAUUUAAAUAUCUGAAAAAAAUGUGAACAUCAACCCUUAAUCUAAAUUGUCAUGCUGUACAAGUAAGCAUACUGUUAUAUCCACCCUCAAAAUAAUUUAUAUCUGUUUAGAAUCUUGAGUCAUUUCAUUGUGUAAGAGAAGGGAAUAUUGUAUAUAUUUUCUUUCUCUGAAGUAUAUCAUGGAAGACCAAACCAGAUUUCAUGAGUGGCAUAUUGAUAAUGGUAAUGGUUCUAUAAUGAUUUACUCUGUCUUGCUCAACCUCUGUUUUAUUGUUUCUUAGGAUCCUAGAGUGGGAAUAUUUAGUCUGAUUUACAGCCUUUUACAACAGAAGGGCCCUUUUAAAUGGAUUUGAUUUAAAUAGGGGAACUACAUAAACUUUUCUCUUAGGCUAGUCUAAGAAAUUUUAUAAUAGAAAACAAAUCUAAAAUGAUUUUGUGUGUCCUCAACUGUAAUCUGACCAUGUGCUAACUAUCUGAUAUUUUUCAGUGGAAUUCAGUAACUAAAUGCUUAAUUAUACUCUCUGUGAAUUGAUAUUUGUUUAUAUCCUCAAAGCAUUUUUGGCUACUUUGCAGAAUCCAAGAAGAAUAUAUAUUUAGAAUUUUCUUAUUCUAAAUAUAUAUCACAUAUAUUCUAAUCUGUUACUAUGUUUGUUAAUAAUUUAGUUUUUAUCUUAUCUCAAAGUCAGCUUGAGAUCCAGAUUUCAUGCUGGAAAUUAAUACUUUAUUUCUUAGAACUUAUUUUGAGAUAAAGUAGAUUUUGUAUCAUACGGAAGUACUGCUUAGUAGAAUUGUAAUAAAUAUUUCUUCUACAGAAGACAUUUUGAUAGUGUCUCUUGUUUGAUUUAAAAUUCUCUAUUUUGGUGUCAUUAUUCACUUUACAUUUUACAUAUAAAUUUAAUACCUAUAAUUGAUAUUUGAAAAUUUGAAUCUAAUAGUUUUUCAUUCUGUUCCGCUAAAAGUAGUAUCAAUAUUAAUAUUGGUAUUUAGUCAUUGUAUUACACUUUAUUAAAAGUGGAAUAUAUAUAUAUUUGAUAGUAUAUAUAUGUUAUAUUAUUCAUUCAACAAGUAUUUGAAUGCUUAUUCUUUUGUCCAUAUUUAGCUUUUAAAAUCCUUUAGGAAAGAAUACAUAAACAUGUUCAAUCUUGGUAUUUUAAUAAUGCCAAAUUUGACCACUUACACUUUUUAUCUACCUAUUUAAAAUAUUUGUCCCUGCUUUUCUGAUUACUUACCACUAGAUUUGGCCUGGUUUCUUAUAUUGUCAUUUGGGUUUGUGAUACUCCAGAAAUACUGGAACCUAGCAAAGAGAGUGUUAGUAAUGACUUACAAUGAUGCUUACUAUGUGCCAGACACUUUUCUAAAUUAUAGUUAUAUAUUUUAAUUCAUUUAGUCCUAUUAACAUUUACAACUUAAACACUUUCAAAUUUGUUUUUCCUUUGCUAUGCCAAAAUUAAUGAAAUCUGGAAGUUUCUUCACUCUGUUGUCAUGUUGCUGAGAAAUAUAAAUAAAUUUUCUUCAUAAAAUAGUCUUCAUUCCUGGUUACCAAAUGCAAUUGGAAGUGUGAGUUAUUUUGAAAAAUCUGCAGCAUUCUUUGCUAUCUUGAAGAAUGAGCACAAUCAAGUUGUGUGCCAUAAUAAAAAUGAUAAUUAAAAUGUUUUACUGUUUUCCAUCGGAUUAAUAACUGGAACCAAAUCCUCCAUUCCAGUCCUUUUCUUUGUUUCUCAGGUAGUAUAUAGUACCUUGUUCUUGAUCUUUAACAUCGUCCAAUUCUGGUCUGCUUUCUUGCUGUGUUUCUGUUUUCUCUGCUUACCCUCCAUGGUCCCUCAUUAUCUCUCCAAGUCCGUACAAUGUAUCUAGGAGCUGUCACAUGUCUGUUUCAACCAUGAUGAUAGCCUCUGUAUUUCUCUUGCACUGCUCUUUUCCUACACCCCCCCUUUUUUUUUUUUUAAGAUUUUAUUCAUUCAUUUGAGAGAGAGUGAGAGAGCACAAGAGGGGGCAGGGUCAGAGGGAGAAGCAGACUCCCCGCUGAGCAGGGAGCCCAAUGCUGGACUCAAUCCCGUUCUCUGGGGUCAUGACCCGGGUUGAAGGCAGCCGCUUAACCAACUGAGCCACCCGGAUGUCCCUUUCCUACCCCUUUUUAAUGGAACUUGGGUAGACUUCAUACAGGAGGAAGAUUUGUUAGCUGGGACUUCAGGUGUGAGUUAGCUUACCAACUCACUGGGGAGGGAAUUGGCAGACAGGAAUGGAUGGGCAAGGCUUAAGUUUAAAACCACAUGGAAUAUUCAGGAAACUGAAUCCAGUGUUGCUGAAGUAUAUAUAAGAUAUGCUUGUGUAGAGGAGUGUAUGGUAGACAGGGUUUGUUUGGUGAGGUAGACUGGAAUUAGAUCAUUUCAGACUCUGUUCCACUAAAAGUAGUAUCAAUAUUAAUAUUGAUAUUUAGUCUCAUUGUAUUACACUUUAUUAAAAGUGGAAUAGAUACAUAUUUGAUAGUACAGAUAUGUUAUAAUAUAAUAUAAUAUAAUACAAUAUGCAUUCCAUGGGAAUGCAUGCAAACUGAUGUAAUCUCUUGGGGGGGAGGGAUGGUUAAGGUAAUCAGAUUUGUCUUGAGAGAUCACAUGAAUAGCAGUAUAGAGGGUACAUUGGGUGGUUAUAAGAUUAGGGAUCUACGGUCUGUCCCUGUCCCCUAGUAGAUGGGAUCCAGGGUAGACUGAACCGCUAUAUUUUAUUGGACUCAAUAAUCUGAUUGACUUUUGAGUAGUAUCCAUUAAUGCAAAAUAUAUUUAUUGAGUCUCUACUGUGUGCUAGAUACUGUUCUAGGCCUUGGGGGUUAAAGUAGCAAGGCAGAAAGGUUCCAGGAACUUAUAUUUUAAUCAGUAAAAAUAAGCUUGGUUGGGGGAGGAGGGUGAGUAAGUAAAUAGAAAUGGCCAUGGAGAAGAUUCAACAGGGUGAUGUGACACAAUUACAGAACAUGAAGGUGAUUGGAGGUAAUAUGAUUUGCAGGCUGGAAUAAUUUUCAGCCUUGGCUAAUCUAGUGCUUUCUUCUCAUCCCUCUUAUAACAACCUGGGAUAAGAAACAAGAGUGUGCAUUACUGAAACCCGUUUAUUCAAGAAGUUGGUGUAGGUCCUAGAGGUUUCUGCUGUUUCCUGACCAGACUGAAUGGCAGUUUUUAAAUGUCACUGUAGGUAGGCAUAUACAUUACAAAAGAAUGUCAUUUUUGUUUACAAAGAACAAUAGUACUAUUGAUGCUUUUGAAUUUUUUUUAUUAAAAGAAAGUUUACAGGUGCCAAAUAUUUAUAUAGUGUUUGGUUUUCUUCUUUGGUUUUAAUCGUGAUGUCUGUUUUGAGAUUUAAUAUUGUGAUGUAGUAGUUCUGCCUUUGUGGCCACUUAAAUAUCGUGCACGGCAAUAGUCUUUCUAUUACGUUUUUAAAAAUACAUGAACUGCCACGCUUUCUUUUUUAAAAUCUUUUUUCAUUUUGCCAUUUGUGUGUAAGUUCUUAGGUUAUCAUGUUGUUAGUAAAGAAAAAUGGCUUGUUUAAAGAUUGAGGUUUUUUUUGAAUCUCCUUAAAAGCAAACAUUUGAGGUUUUUAGAAAGUGUCAGGAUUAUGUUUAUCAUUUUAAAUUACUCUCUUGUAUCCUGAGAAACCUUUGAAAUAAUGUUCUAAAAUGUUUUUUCUUUAGAAAUUAAGACUGCUGAUUGGUAACCCUUUGAUUCCACAGAUGGAGACUCAAUACCCCUCCUUCCUUGUUGCUCUUUAAAAUGGUGGUGACAUUGCUGGAGUCCCCAUUAGUUUUGUUCUUUCUUUUUCUCUCUUUCUUUCUUUUCUUUCUUUCUUUCUUUCUUUCCAUAUGUCUUUUAGUCAGAAUCGGAGAAUCAGAAAUGUUGCAAACAUUUCACUUUCUUCAAAGCUUCAACUUUGGUUUUCUGCUUUUUAUGUUGCUGAUAGAAUUAAUUCUGAUGGUCUAUAAAACUCAGUUUUCUAAUUUGCCUUCAGCUAUGUCAGAUAUCUAAUAUCAGAAAAAUUCAAAAUCAAUGAUGGGUAGAACACUUCCAAAAAAAAUAUUUAACAAGCGGGGCACCUGGGUGGCUCAGUCGGUUAAGCGUCUGCCUUCAGCUCAGGUCAUGAUCCCAGGGUCCUGGGAUCGAGCCCCGCAUCGGGCUCCCUGCUCCGCGGGAAGCCUGCUUCUCCCUCUCCCACUCCCCCUACUUGUGUUCCCUCUCUCGCUGUGUCUCUCUCUGUCAAAUAAAUAAAUAAAAUCUUUAAAAAAAAAAAAAAUAUUUAACAAGCGCUUUCUAUAUUGAAGUCACCUGCAAAUCCUCCAACUGAAGGUCAAUUUGAACAACUGAGAAUUCACAAAGAAGUCAUAUAAAUAAAAGGGGUUCCCUGUACAACAGUUAGAAAAUGCCAAGCAGUUAUUUGUUGCCUGUCAUGCAGGCAACAGGAUUCUGAUAAACCAGAGAUGCAGGCCAAAAGUAUUUAUAAAUAUUUUAAGCCAGUAAAACCUAUAAAAUGUUUGUUGUUAAAUGACAGUUGUCUAAAACAUUGACCAGUGCUUCUUGAGGAAAUAAAGUAGAAGUUUCAUCAUCUCUUUGGAUACAAAAGAAGCGAUGACUUGGGGCACCUGGGUGGCUCAGAUGGUUGAGCGUCUGACUUCGGCUCAGGUCAUGAUCCCAGGAUCCUUGGAUCGAGUCCCGCAUCGGGCUCCCUGCUCAGCGGGGAGCCUGCUUCUCCCUCUGCUUCUCUCUCUCUGUCUCUCAUGAAUAAAUAAAUAAAAUCUUUAAAAAAAAAAAAAAAGAAGCGAUGACUUGAGCCAUCCCCAAUAUAGCAUCUUCCUCUUAGAACUUCGUAUUUAAAUCUGGUCAUUGGUUAUAGACAGUUCACCAUUAUAGCAUUGCAGGUGCAUUUAUCUUUAGGUUACAGUAGAAUUGUAGUAAUAUUUAAUAGCAUGCACUUGGUCUUUUUGAGGACUUUCAGAUUUGUAUAGAUUUUGAAGUCUGUAGUCUAAAAGUACUUCUUUAGAAUCUACAGUCUUUAAAAAGUAAACAAUUAUUACUUAGGCUUCCUCCCAUUCCAUUUCAUUUACUUGUGUUUUUGAUAGACUUUUCUAAUUUUUUGAUCCACAAAAACAUUUUAUAAGAGUGUCUUAUAUCAGGGCGCCUGGGUGGCUCAGUUGGUUAAGUGACUGCCUUCGGCUCAGGUCAUGAUCCUGGAGUCCCUGGAUCGAGUCCCGCAUCGGGCUCCCUGCUCCGCAGGGAGUCUGCUUCUCCCUCUGACCCUCCCCCCUCUCAUGCUCUCUGUCUCUCAUUCUCUCUCUCUCAAAUAAAUAAAUAAAAUCUUAAAAAAAAAAAAAACAGUGUCUUAUAUCAUUUGUUGGAUGAAUAAAUAAGUAUGUUUCAUCUGACUCAGAAACUCAGUGUCUUGCCUGUGUGUUUUCAGCCACACAUUUCUUGGUUCAGUUGUACACACAGGCUAGUGAUGUCUUUGUUGUGGGAAAGGCCAGGAAUACAAAAAUGAGUAAGAUAUGCCUGUAGCCUCAGUACCUUACAGUUUGGUUAAUAAAAAUUAACUGGGAAAGAGACAGAGAGGGGAGACCUAACAUUGGUUAAGGGAAGCGUUGAUCCCUAGUGGUUUUUCAUUCUUCAAUUCAAAUUUUAGUUUAUGUGUUCUCUUUAUUCCUUCACUCUUUCCACAUCUAGACAUGUCUGAAUCUUAUUUCUUUAUCUCUCCUGUUAGCCCCUUCAUUUCAGUGCCUUAGGGUAGUUACUCAUAACCUUACAUUUUGAUAACACAUUAGGUUUGUCCCUGGUCUGUCUUCUAGUUUUCCUUCCCCUGAUCUGUAUCACAUGUAACUCCAAAUACACAUUUUUAAAACAUGGUUAAGCCCAAGCCAAAAAAUAGUUUUCACUGCCUUAAUCAUAAAAUCUAGGUUUGUUCCUUUUACCUUCACCGCUCACCUAGGAACUGUAACACUUCACUCCUUCCCAGAUGGUCUUACGUUCUCAACGCGCCCACGCCUCCUUCAGCUUUCCCCUGAUCAGCCACAUCCAUUCAUACUAUAGCUUUGCUCAUAGCAGUACGUCCCUCUCCUUACUGUUAGAUUCAUACCCUUCAAGGAACAGUUCACAUUCUUCACCUUUUCUUCAAAACCUCCAACUCUUCACAUUUGAGAGACCAUUCCAUCUUCUGAAGUGGCAUUGCCCCUCCUGUCUCUGUUUUAUUCUUUAUUCUUCUGCUUAUGUUUGCAUUAUACCCGGUAAGUACAUUUAGCAGCCCCGUGACGGGAAUCCAGCUCAGGCACAUAGGAUGUGCUUAAUAAUUUUGAGAAUGUUGGUAGAGAUUACUGGUCUGUUUUUUAGGGAGUUUUCCACCACUAGUUAUGAAGCCAGUUCAAUCUUAAGUAACAUCCUUUCCUACCAAGAGUAGUGUCUAAAUUCUUCAUUGUUUUUAUGUUGUCCUUUUAUGUAUGUAUUUUAUGAUGUGAUGGCAGGAUGGGAUUUCAUUUAACAAAGCAUUAAAGAAAAGCUGAUUCGAUGCCUAGUGUGCAGAUGCAGGGCUUGUGUACCUUUUGGUUGGAGAAUCCUUAAAUGUUGCUACAAUAGGGACUUCCCUUGGAAAUAAUCUCCUACUAAGUAAUCUCCCUCAAGGGUGGUGGGUGGGACAGUGAUGAGUCCACUGGCCAGCAUUCUAAUUGCAAAGCAGAGGACAGGGAGCAUUCAAUGUGCUGACUUUCACUGAAUUCCCCCUGACCUAGUAAAGGUAUAUCAUGUCACCAUCAGUAUGGCCCCUUUCAAGUUGAACAUUUUUAUUUUUUUUAUUUUUUUAAAUUUUAUUUUAUGUUAAUUCAAUUAAUUAACAUAGAAUAUAUUAUUAGUUUCAGAGGUAGAGUUUAGUUGCAUAUGUGAACACCUAGUGUUCAUUAUAGUUUAACAUAUUUAAAUGAUAAAUUUUGAGCUUCUGUGCUAUAGGGUAGCAGUAGUAAUAUGAUAAGACUGUGGCUAAGGAUUGGAAUCAGGGGAUCAACUUUUUUUUUUUUUUUCCUUAAUAGACUCCCUGUUUCGGAGGUAUCUGGCACCUCCAAUUUCUGAAACUUUCUGGAGUCUUCUGCUUUAGUCAACUUGCUUUUUGUUGCCACCCUCUCCCCACCCGCCUUGCACUAAAGAAAGCUGAACAGCCAGGCACACACCCAUUUGAUUUUCAUGUAUAAUUUUGUUGAAGUACCUCGGUUGAUGGUAUCUUCUUUCCUAUUCUCUUUGCCCUAGUGGAAUUUUAACUUUUUAUUCUUUCAUGUCAUUUUAGUAGGGCUUUGGGAGAGAACUAAAAUAAAUGUAUGAUCAGUCGGUUGUGGGUCCUGGGAAAUCUCACCUAGUGUCCUUUUAUUGUAAUUUUCAUUUUUAUAAAAAAGUAAUAGAUGCACAGGUUUUAAAAGUCAACCAGGACAAAAAAAUAUCCAGUGGAAGGUCUUUGUGCUACACCCCAUUCCUCCCAUGCCCAUCUGUGCAAAGACAGCAUCUGUUCUUCUGCAUCUCGGUUUUUACACCUUAAAAAGUCAGAGCGGUGCCCGGGCGGCUCAGUUGGUUAAGCAUCCAGCUCUUGGUUUCAGCUCCGGUCAUGAUCUCAGGGUUCUGGGGUCAAGCCCCACAUCAGGCUCCACACUUAGUGAGGCGUCUGCUUGAAAUUCUCUCCCUCCUCCAUCUCUGCCCCCGUCUUUCUUUCUCUUUCUCUAAAAUAAAAUAAA